GUGAGCGCUCAGUCUGGACCAAACACUCGCCCAAUCUGCUCUGUGGAUAUGCUCAUUCAUCUCUCCGUGUAUCAUCCGACCACCGCGUUCAUUUUAAUCGGAGGACAUCGCUGCAAAAAUACCCACGAACUGGAACCAAGUACUGGACCCUUCAGGCUCUUCCUCAUAUCUUCAUCCAUUCGUCUCUUUUCCCCACUCCUCUUCUGUCAGUAAUUUCUCUCCUCCUCUCAGUUGCUACCUCUCUGUCCUCUUUCUUUUUCUCUCUGUCCAACCCCACGCCCCUUCCCGGACCGCCCCACCCCACCCAGCCUCCCCGAUGCCUAAGACCGGCAAGGUGGUGCAGCGCGAGCAGAGCCAUGAGCACGUCACCGAGUCGGUGGCCGACCUGCUCGCCCACGAGGAGCCUUUCGAUUACAAGAGCAGCUCCCUGAAUGUGGGAGCGGCCGCAGGGAAGAAGAUCCCUCAGAUAGAAGUUCCCGAGAACGACGGCCGGCCGGCGUGGAACAGCAAGCUGCAGUACAUCCUGGCCCAGGUGGGCUUCUCUGUGGGGCUCGGAAACGUCUGGCGAUUCCCGUACCUCUGCCAAAAGAACGGAGGAGGUGCAUAUUUGGUCCCUUAUUUCAUCCUCCUCCUCAUUAUCGGCAUCCCGCUCUUCUUCUUGGAGCUGGCUGUGGGUCAGAAGAUAAGACGUGGGAGCAUCGGAGUAUGGAACUACGUCUGCCCACGUCUCGGUGGGAUUGGGAUGUCAAGUCUGAUGGUUUGUGGUUUUGUAGGUCUCUACUACAACGUCAUCAUUGGUUGGAGCAUCUUCUACUUUUUCCAGUCCUUCCAGUACCCUUUGCCAUGGAGCGACUGUCCGAUUAGAAAGAAUGGGACAAUAGCCGUUGUGGAGCCAGAGUGUGACAAAAGCUCAGCCACUACAUAUUUCUGGUACCGACAGACUCUGAACACGACCAGCACUAUCGCAGAGAGCGGCGGCCUCAACAUCAAAAUGACCUUAUCUCUGCUGGUGGCCUGGAUAAUUGUCUGCCUUGCUGUCAUUAAAGGAAUCGCCUCUUCUGGGAAGGUGAUGUACUUCAGCUCUCUUUUCCCGUAUGUGGUGCUCUUCUGCUUCCUGGUCAGAGGUUUAAUGCUCAAAGGAUCAGUAGAUGGGAUCGCUCACAUGUUUACUCCAAAGCUGGAGAAGAUGCUGGAGCCGCAGAUUUGGAGGGAAGCAGCCACUCAGGUGUUCUUUGCUCUGGGUUUGGGGUUCGGAGGCGUCAUAGCUUUCUCCAGUUACAACAAAAUAGACAACAACUGCCACUUCGACGCUGUGCUCGUCUCCUUCAUCAACUUCUUCACCUCAAUUCUGGCCACGCUGGUAGUGUUCGCCGUGCUGGGGUUCAAGGCCAACAUCAUGAAUGAAAAAUGUGUUGCAGAAAAUGGAGAAAAGAUCCUGGGAUACCUCAACUCCAACGUCCUGAGUCACGAUCUCAUUCCUCCUCACGUGAACUUUUCCCAUCUCACCCCAUCAGACUACGCUGACGUGUACAGCAUCAUCAAGACGGUAAAGGAGGACGGCUUUGCCAAGCUGGGUCUGGAGCCCUGUGUCCUGGAGGACGAACUCAACAAGGCCGUUCAGGGCACUGGCCUGGCCUUCAUCGCCUUCACGGAGGCCAUGACCCAUUUCCCAGCAUCCCCUUUCUGGUCUGUAAUGUUCUUUUUCAUGCUAAUCAACCUUGGCUUGGGCAGCAUGAUUGGCACCAUGACUGGCAUCACCACACCCGUCCUUGACGCCUACAAAGUUCAGAAAGAGCUUUUCACAGUGGGCUGCUGCGUUGUGGCCUUCCUCUGUGGGUUGUUGUUUGUUCAGCGUUCAGGAAAUUAUUUCGUCACCAUGUUUGAUGAUUACUCAGCCGGUUUGCCCCUCACUGUUGUAGUGAUCCUGGAAAAUGUGUCUGUCGCUUGGAUUUACGGCACUAAACGCUUCAUGCAAGACUUGGAGGACAUGUUGGGUUUUCGACCGUCUAUAAUCUACUUCUACCUGUGGAAGUACGUCUCUCCUCUUUGUCUCAUCGUCCUCAUCUCAGCCACAGUCAUAGAGAUGGCCAUCAGCCCACCUGGAUACAACGCCUGGGUUCAAGACCUGGCUCAGGAACGUUUCCAAAGCUACCCGCCCUGGGCUCUGGCCAUGUGCUUCGCUCUCAUCAUAGUGGCCAUGCUUCCUCUCCCAAUCGUCUUCAUCGCACGCCACUUCAACUUGAUGUCAGACGGCUCCAACAAGCUGUCUGUCUCCUACCGUAAAACCAUGAUGAAAGACAUCUCCAACCUUGAGGAGCAGGACGAGGCCAGAUUCAUCCUCGGUGCCAAGCCCGGCGACACGCCGUUGUCAGGUGUAGCCCGCAAACCCUACGUGACUCCUGCAGGGAACAAAUCUGUGGAUCCCAACUCUCUGUCUCCAAAUGUCUGCUACGGUACGAGCUACCAAAACGCUGCGAUAAGUCCCACGACACCAACAACGCCGCCUACACCUCUCACACCUCUCACACCUCUCACACCAGAGUCAGACUCUUGACUUUCCUCUUACUAAAACCAAUCCAACAUGCAGUUUAGUUUCCAGCCUUUUCCCUGCUGAUAUUACAAAACCUUCAAAACAGCGAUUUGAAGCGUGUACAACACAGAAAAUGUAGGUUUUCCUAUAGAGUAUACCCUUCAAAACACAGUUUUCUUUUUGCUUUUUGAUCAGAUUGAAGCCAUAGACUGGGUAAAACAAGGUAUUGUUAGUCCAAUAUGCAGUGAGUCUAAAAUGAACACACACAAAAAAACAUCUAAAAACAAACUACACUUAGUUUUCUGAAUGUGUGUCUGUGUGAUAUUAAUAUAAGGCUGCUGUAAAGAUGUACAAAUCUGUUUCAUUCAAACCCAAAGCUUCAGGAUUUUAUGUAGCAAUCUUUGUUCCGUCUGUAAAUAUUGAUGUAGCGUUAGAGAAGCCUGUAGAUUUUACUACGUGGAGAUUAAAGCACCAAUGUCAUUCUCCAUCACACACACACACACACACACGUUUCACAUUAUGUAGAAGUUAAUCGUUUUAGAUUCUCCACCAAAGAGUAAAAACAACAAAACACUUGAAUUCAGGCAGAGAAUGUGAGACUCACGUGUUGAGUUGGAGUAAAAGUUUAUUUUGUUAAUUUUAUUUUAUUCUCAUGAGACUGGAACACAAACCUGUUUGGUAUGUUUUAUGUGUGUGGAAGAAAGGCACAAUAUUUUCCUGUUAACUUAACGCUAAUCUGAAGUUUGAUUGAUGCUAGAAAAUCACACGUGUAUAUUUACAAUUUAUGUCCACAAGUAAAUCACUGAUUGUAAUUGUCUUAUUGGUAAAGAGACGCACAAUUCAAAAUGGACUACUAUCACUGACAACAUCUUCCUUUCCACUUCCUGGCUUCCCUGGUAAAGAUGUGUGAAAAGCUACAACAUUUUUAAAUCUCUAUUGUAGCAACUUGAUUUUACAAAAAAAAAAAAAAUCUUUGAGAAAAUAAUUCUUCGGUUCCUGUAAACUUUUUCAGCGUGCGCAAAAUCAUUACCUCUAGAAAAUAAUCGUGUGUGCUGUCAUUAUUGGUAAUUUAUUGCAAUUUUUUUGCAAUAAAUUUCUUGAUCAAAGUGUCUAAAAACUUUAAUUUCGAUAUAAAUUUGACAUGACACAGAGGUGCUGUGAUUUGUAGUUGGACCCGAAUGCAAACCUCAAAGUGGCAGCAUCACGGUGAUGGUUAUAGAGUUAAUUAAAGAGAAUAUUUAAGAAAACAAGAGAACCAAGAAAAACGGAGUGAAGGCAGAAAAAACAUGAUGGCAAUCAGGAGAAUCUGGUAAGAAGCUGAGAGGUUUUUCCACCAUGGAGGGUUAAUGAGCGACGCCAGGUGUGACGAAUCAGGAGAAUGUGAUGCAGGUGGGAGAAAAAACCUGAUUAUAUAAACUGAGGGAACGUGAACGUUGAAUACAGAAGUAAACACAGGAAGCUGAACAAGAGCACAAAAUGAUCUACUGAGCACAGGAUAUGAAUCUAAACCAAAAUACAGAGAGCAGAACACAAGAAAAAACUAAUAAACUAACAUUAAAGGAAUUAACUAAAUACAGGACAGCCUUAGUGAAACAUCAGAUAUAAAUAAACAUCAAUACAGAUGUUGCCAAGACUCCAUAACAGCUGUUUAUUUUAAGGCUUUAGUACCCACAUUUUCCAGGCAUGCCAGUAUCUGUGGAGGGUCCUGUACGUCCCAAACAGCACAGAGGUCGAAUGUGAAACGAAAAAUAAAAGCACAAACUAAAAAUGAUAAAUCAUAAGGAAUAACAUUGUAAAAAAUGGACCAAAACACAGAGGAACCUGCAAUGUUAAAGCCCAAAUAACAUUAAGCUGCCAGCUAAUAGCAUGAACUGCAGAAAGCCUUAGACGGUUCAGCUGCACAACCAUUACAAGCACGAACAUGCAGUCUUCUGUAUAUUUGUAGAAUAUUAAACCUGUUUAGUUUAAUUACAUUUAGGUACAGUUGUGACCAUUGUACUGAUGUUAAAGUUUUUAAUUUUUUUCUACACACUGAUAUGAAUUAAUUGUUAAAAUAAAGCACAUCUUAGUUCAUGUUGCACAUUUAUUUAUUUUUCUAUACAAUAUUCAAAACACAGGUGUUAAAUUAUAAAUGGACUAUUUAUUUUAUUAUGCCGUAUAUUUGCUGUUAUAUUUGAGCGACGAUGAACAGAGAUGAGAACAUAGGAUAUAUAUUUUCAUUUUGUUUGAGGCUUCUGUGUAUUUAAGCAUUUGUCCGUGUUAUUUUUGGUGUUGCUUGUUGUUAUUAGCUCUGGAAAAUGCUGCUGGAUAUUAACGCUGUUGAGGUUUCGUCACAUACGGUGGGCCGUGUGAGGCACCGAUAUUCACCACUUGUCCACGGGGUUUCAGCCACACAAGCAGUCAAAUAGUCUCAAAAAAAUGUAAGUCAUUUCUAAAUUUUAACCCAGUAGCAAAGAAGCCUUUGGAUUGGAAGAAUAAUAGGAGUAAGAGUAAAUAUGACAGAGGGGUUCUUUCUCAACAGGUAUUGAAAUGUUCUGCCACCUAGUGGUGGGUCAAGAAACAGCAACAGUCUCAUUUUCAUCUUGUCAAAAAUAUUUUAUGGUUUGUGAUCAAUCUCAUGUGACUGCUGGCGCGGCUGUAAACCCUGCGUCGUGUUUUUGUGUGUAGUUUUACUUCACAUGAGUCAAAUUCCUCCUGCUGUGUGUGUGUGUGUGUGUAGGUGUGCGUGUGUGGGUGUGCGUGUGCGCGUGUGUGUGUGAUGUAAGCAUCCAAAUCACCAAACUAUUUUGAAGGUUUUUAUUCAUGUGAAGUAUAGCAACAUCUUAGCAAGUGACAAAAGGUAAAACAAAAAAUGAAUGUGACUGAAGCACUUUGUUCACCAGAAAGCAAAUAAAGUUGGUGUUUAUUUUAUUAACUAUAGCACUAAAUUUAAGGUCAGUGUAAAAGCAAUAUCUUGUCAUUUUAACAGCACAUCAACUGUGGCUGAAAGGACACACUGUAAGAAAUUAAGACUUGAAUGUGUGUGUGUGUGUGUGUGUGUGUGUAGGUUUAUAUUUAUACAUGUGUGUGUUUGUGUAGAGUUAGACUGGUGUGUGCAGGGCCUUACUGGGCUCACACUUCAGGUGUUUUCUGUACUGGAGACACUUUAGAAACAUCCCUUUACAGACUCUCUUUGUUUCUCCUCAGUCGUAUGGAUGAAUGAUUUACAAGUGGUGUAAAACUUAGAAACAUAGCUAUAUAAAAUGUAAAUAAAGAGCAAACGUACCAAUGCUGUGUUUGUUUCUUUUUACAUCCAACCUGUGGCCAUAAUGGGUCACUACAGCUGGGAAGAAAUUAGCUUUUGUAGUUUUUGGAGCUGCACUCAUUGACUAAUUAAAACAAAUCUGAUCAAAACGAGAAAACACUUUUAAAUCACUAGUGUGGUAAAUUAAAUAACUGUGGAAAUGAGACAACUCUUCCUCAAAACGACGGAGAGGUCGUACGCCUCGCAUCAAGCAGCCCACCCUGGAACGCUCUGGGCGCCAAGCCGAAGCAAAAGUCUCACACUGCAGAUCCGAUGAGACGACUGACAGGGAGAACCCCUCACCCGGACAAAUCGGCGUGGCCGGCUCUGAGCCGAAACCCACCUUCAACUUCAACACCUGCUCCACCGAAGAAAAACAAACAAGCAGCUGCAACCAAAACAGCUCCACCGACUCCGUUCCCAAGGACAGAGCGACCAGCCCAAACCUCAAAACAUUCUGACACUUUGGGAAUCCCACUGAAAAACAGAUUUUCUGCACUCCAGCCUGAGCCUCUGAGUGAAACCUCACUUUCAAACAUCAACAAUGAGGCAAGACCAACACAUCCACCCCCCAGGCCCUAAAGGACAAAGCGACCACCAGGAAAACGAAAGGUACGCCAAAAGUGCUUAUUGUUGGAGAUGAAUCAGUCACGUUUGCAAUCCCAAGAAAACCAGAGUGAUUUCUUUUCCCGGUGACACUGUGUCUGAUUUAACUCGCAAAGUUCUCUCUCUAACCACCAAUCAGCCAGAUAUUGAGUGUUUAGUUGUGCAUGUUGGAGCCAACGAUCUGGCAACGCAGAAAUCUGAGAUUCUGAAAAAGGAUUUUAAUAUUCUUCUGAACACUAUGGGAAAAUUAAAAAUGAAGUUAUUUCUCAGUGGUCCAAUUCCAUCACCUCAAUGGGGAGAUGAAAAACACUCCAGGCUGGGCGUGAUAAACAAAUGGCUGAUUAAAACCUGCUCUGCCAGCUCAGUGACCUUCAUCGACAACCUCUGGAUCUAUUGGCAGCGCUUUCACCUUUUUUGGAAGAGGCGGACGCAAUCUUAAUAAACAUGGGAUAAAGAUACUCACUGCAAACCUUUUUUAUUUUAUCAACAAGGACAACAACAACAACAAGGCUCAAGGAUGUCUGACUAGGAUGGAACCCUCUGCGUAUCAGGAGCAACACGCUCCAAAACAAGCUGAUACAUCGACUGAAGACGGAGCGACUGGUUCCCUUCCUCUUUCCCUCCCUCUCUGCUCACCCACUCAUUCACAGGAUUCACAAGACACCUUUGGAGAAAAGUCUUCUGGACCAGAGUUUCUUAAUUUUACAGACGGAAUGAAUCAACAGGUUCUACUUGGGACGUCUCUCCUUAGCACACAUGUAACAGACCUCUUCAUAAAAGAUUUUAAAACACAAUUGUCCCGACUAA